AUGGAGUCAUCCGUGAGGAGAAUCAGGCGCCGUCGGACAGGCAGGCUCAGCGGGUUGAAUGUCGCCAACUUUUUGGAAAAACGCAAGCUUCUCAUGGCUGUUAACUCCAUGGCUGCAUUGUCAAUCUUCUUCUUUGGAUAUGACCAGGGUAUCAUUGCUGACUCGAGGCUCGGGGCUUCUACAGACAAUGCCAAGCACUACAUAGACCUUAUGGGCUUCGGCUAUGUUGACCCUGUCACCAAGGAACCUGUUAUAACAGACAGCUUGCUUCAGGGUGGCAUAGUAUCGGUAUACUAUCUGGGUACACUAUGCGGAUGCUUGCUUGGAGGAUGGGUUGGUGACAAAGUUGGACGGAUCAAAACCAUUGCCCUUGGCGCCGUCUGGGCUAUCUUCGGCGCAUGCUUGCAAACCUCAGCCAUGAAUGCCACUUGGAUGAUUUGCUCUCGCUUCAUUAACGGCAUCGGCACUGGCAUACUCAACGCAAUUGUCCCCGUCUGGGCCACCGAGACGGCCGAGCACACCUCUCGCGGACAGUUCAUCGCCAUAGAAUUCACACUCAACAUCUUUGGUGUUGUUGUCGCCUAUUGGCUCAGCUUUGGUCUUUCCUUCAUUGACAACGGCGAAUCGGCGAUUCGAUGGCGCUUUCCUAUUGCAUUCCAAAUUAUCCCGCUGUUGGUUCUGCUAUCGGCAAUAUGGUUCUUUCCGGAAUCGCCUCGCUGGCUCGCCAAGGUCGACCGCAACGAUGAGGCACUUUUCAUCCUUCAGAGGCUACGCGGCACCGAGGAUGAACGCGCCCAGGCCGAAUACCACGACAUCAAGAACGUGGUAGCACUCGAGGCGCGCGAGUCGAGUCAAAACUCGUACCUCCACAUGCUGUUCGGUAUCGGCUCCGGUGAGCUGCACACCGGUAGGCGUGUGCAGCUCGUAAUAUGGCUGCAGAUUAUGCAGGAAUGGGUGGGAAUCGCGGGUGUAACGGUUUAUGCCCCGACAAUCUUCCGCAUUGCCGGCUUCGAUACAGAAAAGUCGCAGUGGAUCAGCGGGCUCAACAACAUAUUCUACAUGUUUGCAACCCUUGUCUGUGUCUUCACGCUCGACAAGAUUGGCCGCCGGUGGACUCUGUAUUGGGGUGCCGUUGGUCAGGGCAUCUCUAUGUUCCUGGCUGCCGCCUUCUCAAGGCUCGGAAUCGAUGCGAGGGCUGCCGGCAACAGCGGUCAAGCGGACUCGUACGGAGCGGCAGCGGCUUCUUUUGUGUUUAUAUUCACAAGUGUAUUUGGUGCCACAUGGCUCACCGUACCCUGGCUAUACCCUGCAGAAAUAUUUCCUCUCCAAGUUCGAGCAAAAGGCAACGCCUGGGGUGUCGUUGGAUGGUCAAUUGGUAACGGAUGGCUUACACUGCUGUGUCCAGUCAUGUUCAAGGCCAUUGGUGAGAACACACUGCAUAUUUUCGGCGCCUGCAACGUGUUGGCGAUCCCAAUUGUAUGGGCCUUGUAUCCAGAGAGCAAUCAGCGCACACUCGAGGAGAUGGAUCUGCUGUUCGCUGCGCCCACGCCCUGGGUCUGGGAUGCCGAGCAGACAUUUGCAAGACUGCAGGCUGAGAGGCCCGAGCUGGUAGCAGCUGCGAAGCAUAACCAGAAGAUUGUUCAUGUGGAGGGAGUAGUUGGCGAUCGAUCCUCAUCGACGGAGCCGGUCGCCGGCCCAUCCGGCGCACAUUCAGGGGUUUAGGAUCUUUGGCAAGUGGCUGUGGGAUUUGUGCGAAGACCUAGCUUCAGCGAAGACCACUAGGAAAGCGAGCCUGUCGAGCUGUCAGUGCUUUGGCAGGGCUUCAAAGAAAAUAAAAAAACCGGUUGGCCAAGGAUGCGG